AGACGCCAUCUAUAGCCCGCGACGUCGCGUCUCGGGCGUCUCGGCCGGCGCGAGGCAGUCGCGUCAGUCGGUGCUCAGCUGCCGUCGUGCGUACAACGUGUGGGCGUCGCUCGCGGGAUCGAUAUCACCUACGAGAGGAGCAGUCGACGCGACUCGCGACGUGUCCCUUUAAAUUGGAAAGCCGAUCGCCCUGGGCUCUCCCUGCCCUACGAGGACGUUCUCCUGCACGCGCGUCUUCUCGCCGAGCUCGCCCGAUCAUCCCGACCGUGCAAACAGAGACGUAUCGUGAACCUCGCCGGCGGGCAGGAGGAACGCGCGGUGACGGAAGGAAAGGAGAUGACACGCGGGAUCGCAUUGGAGAACGAAGCCGCGAUCUUUUCGCGCGCGUGCGAAUAACGAUCGAGGAGAGGAACGACCUUGGAGGCGGCGAAUGACAGCUUCCGACCGAUCGACAGUCGCUUACGUAGCGGCCGCCUAAGCGCCGACGAUUUAUUCGAGUUUCGCAAUCUCUCUCGAUCGCCGACCGCGAUCGCGAGACCGGGGCUCUCUUGUGCUCCGAGGAAGAAGCCGAACUCCUCCGCAAUAGCAUCUCGUAACCUCGAACGAAACACAAAGCGCGACGAAGUGACGGCACAAUGUAGCGCGGUGACCUCGGCCGAGAGGUGCGGACUUUCUUACGUGGACUCGAAACGAGUGCGAAAAAUUCCGCGGAGGAGAUUACCUGCGAGCGAGACGAACGCGAAGAUGAAAACGAUGGGCGACGUAGUCGCGGAUCCCAUCGACGAGAUCGACGGCACGGUGCAGCCCGCCAGCGCGAGCAAGGAGUUCGGCCAGAGGACACUGAGGUCCCUGAAGAGAGGACUGGGCCGUCUCUGGAGGAGGCACAGAGGCAACGCGUCGAUAACCGAGUACGAUCCCUCCUACAAAGUCGCCUACCUCGGAAACGUGCUGACCGGAUGGGCCAAGGGUGAAGGCUGCGUCGAGAAGCCCGUGUCGACCCUAUGGCGGAACUACGUGACUAGCAGCCGGCCCGACGUCUCCAUGAGGCUGACGGUGACCAACGGUGGGCUGACCGCGACCACCAAGGACCACGGCCUCACCGAGUACUGGGCCCACCGUGUGACUUACUGCACGGCCCCGGCCACUCAUCCGCGACUCUUCGUCUGGGUGUACCGGCACGAAGGCCGCAGGCUGAGGCCCGAAUUGAGGUGUCACGCGGCACUGUGCAGCAAGGAGUCCACCGCGAGGAGGCUCGCCUCGAUCUUGAAUGCCAGGCUGCAGCAGGCGCUCAUGGAAUUCCGCCGGGACAAGGUCUCGAGGCAAAACGCCAGAUUGUCUCUGGCGAACGCGUUAUACGACAAUCCGUCGUUGCCGCGUAGGAAGCUUCUCCUGAGUACCGGCGGCCAAAACUACCGGCCGCCCUUGGAGAGGUCGAAGAGCGCGCCUAAGCUGUCGGCGAUCGAGGAGGACGCGGUGGCCGAGGAGAUGGAGCAGAAGAGGCUGCUGGAAGAGUUGCGCUCGUUGGAGAACGUGGCGCGUAGCUGGGAGGACCAGGACAGCUGGAGGAUAGCCAGACUGCUGGACGCCCUCAAUCGCGAGUCCGACGAAAACGGCAGCAUCUCCAGCGGCUGCGAGACCGCCAGCACGGCGACCAGCGAGGAGAGAGCCACCGGCCCGGAGGAGCAACUCGCGCAGAAUCAAAACGAUCAGCGAGGGUCGAUCAAAAGAGUUCUCUUCGCGGAUGACCGGGUCGUCAGGGGGCCAGGACCACGAAGGAAUUCGGAAGGUUCGCCGCACUUCAUGACAUGCGCCGGCAGUCCUCGUUUCAAUCCUAUGGAUUCCAUGAAGAGGUUUCCCUUGACGAGCGAGGAGGAAGAAUCGAUGGAGGAGGAAGAAGAGGAGAUGGAAGACACCGCUUCGAACAUGUUCGACUUCGAGGACGUCGAGGAUCUGGACGACGUGGUGGAUUACCGGCCGAGGGGAGAGGUGAUGAACAGGAUCGAGGAUCCGAAGAAGAGGGAAAGGCGAGCGAACGAGAAGUAUCCUGGCAGGAUAGGACACGAAUUUCUACACAAUGAAGAGACCUCGUUCCUAACUCUGGAUUCUCUCGACGAGGAGGCCGACAGCGACGAGAGCGGUUACGUGGAGGCGCCACCAAAGUCUUUACUAGGUCAAGACGACAAGAAGGAGGAGGAAGAAAGCGAACGUCCGCGAUUAGAGUCAUUUACGAAUAAAAUAGAGGACAAGUCAGAGUCGAUGACGACGUAUAGAACUGACGAAAGCGAUAAUCUGAGAACGAAACACGAGGAUUCUAAAACAGACAAGCAGGAGGAGAGAAAAACGGAGAAGAAAGAUCCCUUGAUGGUGGUCAACGAUAAUCGAAGAAUUAAGGAGAGGGAAAGGGAACGGGUGGACUUCAAGUAUCCCAUUUCGGAAACUAUCAGAAAGUUAGCUAGCGCGUCAUUAAGAAAUUCCAAAUCUUUCGAAAUGACGAGCAACAAUUGCUUGAACGUCCUAAAUAAUUUCAAAACCUCCAAGUCAUUCGACAGCGUGAAGAACGACGAGAUUACCGUAGAUUCGCCAAGUCUUCACCAAAGGAAACAGUUGUUGGCACAACGCGGUGUCAGGGUUUGAAAUGUCCCUUUCGAGUUGAGUAUUCUUCCGAUUCUAUAUUACAAAUUAAACGGGAAUUAAAGAAUAAAUAUUUAUUUGACACUAUCACAAACCAUAAAAAAAUACUUAUCACGGUUCAUGAAAAUGCCGAACCUACAAAUAGGCAAAAUUAUGCAAGCUAUUAUGUGCCUGUUUAAUAGAUUCAUCAAUUAGAGAAAAUAUAUCAAUAUCACUUCACUUUCAUCAAGUAAAAAUAGGAUGCAAAUAUUUAUCAUGGAGUUGAUUUCCUUAUUGCUCUUAGUGCUCGUAUUCAGUAAAUUGACUCGAUGACAAGUGCACUUAGAUUUUAUCAAAGUUAUCACGUUAAAUAAAUCUAUUUGAUUAAUAUCGAAGCAAUAAUUAAGAUAUUUUUCAAAUGAUUUGAAACACUUCGAAAAGUCCUACUUGAAUUUAAAUGCAAGUCAAAAGUAUUACCACCGAGUUAAACAAAUACUCAGUGUCGAAAUUCGACUUGAGCACAAUAUUCUAAGGAAAUUGUAGUCUCUCUAGUUGGUUUGUUUCUUAGUUUGAGAAUUACACAGAAAAACAAAAAAAUAGAUACAUUAAAAAUCGAUUAAAAAGCCAUUCAACUAAUUCAAAUUUGAUACACAAAAUGAACCAAAUCAGAUUAUGGUAGAGAAAUCACUAAUAAUAAUUUUCACUAAUAAUUUCCAGAUUAACUAUAACUACAACAUAAUUGCUUUAUUCUUUAAUAAUAUAAUUAGGAAGAUGUUAUUUUAUUUAUGUUUUUAUCGCGCAAAACGAUCUAGUUCCUGGCAUUACGCCUGCAGGUUGAUAAGGAAAGUAUACUAUAUACAAUAAAUGUACAAGGCAGAUGUAAAAGUCUUGCAGUUAUUGAAUCUUUGACAUCCGUAUCUAUUAUGUAUCGCUGAUAUAAUCGAAAAACAUUCUGUUUCAUAGAAUGAGCUUUAUCAAACAUGCAAUCGGUAGAAUUGGAAUAAAAUCAACUCGUACAAGUAUAAAAGUUAUAAUCGUAUUUAAAUACGAGCUGAAUAAUUUACCAAUAUGGCGUUUUGCAUUAUUAAUCAGGCUUUUAUAAGUAACGUGGAAGUUUUCGCAGACUAGUUGCAAAGGGACCGUGUAUCAAACCGUUUAAGAUGUCAACAAGGCAUUGUGUCUUGUUGAUUACAAUUUUAAUAUCGAUAAACGAAUUAUUAGUAAUGAGUCGAAGUUAAGUUUGAAUUUUGUGAAGUAGGAGGUGUAAAUUGUAGACAGUAUAAUUAAGGAAGAUUAGAAGAGUGACGCUUGUAAAUAUAACUUUUCGUGAAGUGAAAAUCAACGAUACAUCAUUGCUCGUAAUAUUAUUACGAGUGAGAGAAUGCAAAUGAAUAGACACUGUAGAAUACGACUUUGGGGUUCUUAUUGCAUUCUCUUAUCUUAUCAACAUUCCAACGCAAAUCAUCCUGAGAACGACGAAAAUCACACU